GUCAAUAGAAAAGCACCCUUAUAAACACUGAAAAGUACUAUGUGUACAACUGACUAAUACAGAAGUAAACAUAAGAGUUUUACUCACUGUUGAGUUGUGAGACUAAACAGCAUGGCUUCAACCUUGUCAGUAAAACUGCCAUGUUAGCUCAUAAAUAAGGAUCUGCUGCUUGUUUUUUUCGGGAUUCUGUGAUCCUGCUUGUUUGUUUCAGACAUUAAUGGGAUCCCUCUUCAGUGUUGGCAUCUUGUUUCAGCUGUGUGAUUGUGACGUGAAAUGCAGAAAYGACGAUGGGGAGGAAGUUGACUGGUUUAUUUUGUACAAGCUGCCCAAUGAGAAGGAUGCUGGUUUGUCGUAUUUGUACAUGGACGAGAGCACGAAUGGGUGGAAACUCAGCAAAAAGAAAAUCAACAGUAGAACUGGCUCUUUAGGGAACACGCUGAAACCUCUUCUUGAUUUCUAUAAAAGAAAGACUGAAGGUUUUGGUUACAUACUCUAYAAUGAUCAACCUCCAGAUCCAUAUGCUGCUCCUUCUUCUUUUGGACACAGCAAAGGGGUUGUGAUGUUGGAUCGACAAAGCRGCCUUUGGCUUUCACACAGUACACCUAAAUUCCCAGCCUAUCGCAAACAAGACUUCUGGCCAAACAGUGGGAACACAAACGCUCAAACRUUUCUGUGUGUUCAUUUUCCCAAAGGACAAUUUAAAGCAAUAGGAGUGCAGCUCAAAUACAUCCAUGCUUAUUCGUUCGACUCGGAGGUAACUCAGGCUUUUCCUGAGGAGCUGCGGUGUGUUGCACAGAGAAGCUGCUACCCAAAAACACAUCCCUGGUCCAGUGUGCAGAUGCUGACCUCUGUCAUGGGGCGCAACUUCACCAGCUUUGCAAAAUAUGGACGCUUUAAAGAUG